AUGACUAAAUUUCGUGAGUAUGAUCAAUGCGUUGUAACCAUAGCUGAAAUGUCGUCGACAAAAAUGUUUGGUAGCAACAGUGCAGAAAUGUCUAAAAAAUUACGGGCAGCCAUAAAAGCGAAAUUAGAGGAGUUAGGUGUAUAUGUAGAUGAAGAACUUCCCGAUUAUAUUAUGGUGAUGAUCGCAAACAGGAAAGAAAGAUCCCAAAUGAAGGAAGAUCUCUUAUUAUUUUUAGGAAAAAGCACUAACAAAUUUGUGGACUGGCUUUUCGAGAUUUUUGAACGGUUGCAAUCAGCUGGGGCAACAUCGUUACCGGAUUCAGCUUCUGUGCAACAAGCGAAAAAAAAGGAACUGUCAGUGAGUUCGAAGAAAGAUGAUCAAAAAGAAAGUGAGUCAGAAAAGAAAAGUAAGAAGGAAAGGGAGAAUGAAGGAAAGCAUAGUAGUUCCAAAAGUGUUGGCAAACGCAAGGAAAAGGAGAAAGUUACCGACAAAGAAAGGAGAGAAGCUCGCGUUGUUAAAUCUAAACCUGCCUUCCAUCAUCAUACGACUUCUAGAUCUCCAUCGCGAGAAAGGAUUCAUUCAAGGAAAAGGACGGAUUCUAAACCAGAAACAAAAGAAAAAGACAGACGUGUCACAACUCUUUCAACGAGUGAAAAAGGUUCAACAAAGGAAACAAGGACUCGUAUUAAUGGGCGAAGUCUGCCAGAAACGUCCGAUGUAAAAAAACGCAGUGGAGGAAAUGUCUCACCAAAAAGUUCUGAGGAAAAAUGCACGAAGACUUCUCCGGCCCAUUCGCAAACUAGAGAGAAAAGAAAUAGUGUUGAUGAGGAAGGGAAAGGUCGUUUCGAUUCGAAGAAUACAAAGGGGUCAGCGCUCAAUCGUUAUUUAGAUUCCGAUGAGGAAGAAAGACUUGCAGAAGAGGAGUCGCGUCAAGAACUGUACGGUAAAAAGGUAAUGUCAUCGGCAGUACUGAAGAUGAAGCAGUCUGAACCUGUGAAAACAGUGUCGUCAAAAAUUGUGGUACGAAGGAAAUUACCGGAAAAGGAAAAUGCUAAAAAUGUUCGUGGCGCUCAAUCAUUGUUUUUAAAAGCAAUAAAAGAGGCGGGUAGGAUGACUCGAACCGCCAGUCAGAUAGCCGGCUAUGGUGGUGGUGCAGUUCCCGCAAAAAAAAGUGUUGAAAAAUCGGGGAUCGCUGCAGAAGAUAGUAAAAAUAGUGAAGAACAAGAUGAGGCAAUUCAAAUUGAUGAUGAAGUUGAUAUGGAUGAGGCACUUGUAGUUGAUACUCCUUCUGCUGCAAAUACAGAAAUAAGGCGCCAAACUGAUGGACGAGGAAUCAGCAAAAGAACCACAUCAGCUAAAAAGGCUUCGAGUCCUGAAUUGGUGACGUCGGAGAAGGACGAGCGCUCAGUGAGCAGUGAUUCAGGGAGGAUUGGAAGCAAAAAUCUGCUUGUAACUCUAAAAAAAGCAGACGUUGGUAAUGUUUUGCGUACUGUAGAAACAAAUGAAGAUUCCGAGUUGACAAAGAAAGCACGUAAAAGACGGGGCAAUGCUAGCGGCAUUGACGAAAACAAGCAGGAAGCAGCAAUGAACGAAGAGUUGGUUGGAGUGAAAUCAAAGAAGUCACGUAGUUCAAAUGUGCCGGCUGCAUUGGAAACGAACUUAAGUGAAAUUGGUGAUAAACUAGAGAAAGCGGAAGACGUCAUUGUGUGCGAAAACUGCGAAACACCGGAACAAGGUUGGACGAAGCAAAAUGUGAUGGAAGAAGAUAGCAGUGAUGAUGACGAAGCGCAGAUCGAUGCGGUAUUAGCCAGUGCCCAUACGGUCACCGUUGGUUUUGACGAGGAUCCAUCUGCUCCUUCUUUAAGUUCCUCGAGUCUUUUUGUUGGUGAAAACAGUCAGAUACUUCAGAAGCAAAAUCCUGCUCAGUCAAGUGCCAAUUUAACAGCGGACCAGGUAACGACACCAGUUACACCCGGAGAGAAGAUUAUGGAACGCUGUAAAUUUUGGCCGAACUGUAGGUUGGAAGAAGCUUGUAUCUAUAUUCAUCCAACGAAACCGUGUAGUGUCGUAACAAUUCCGAACUCUGCUUCUGCAUCUUCUGUUUCUGCUUCUUCUAAUGCAGCAGCAAAAGCUCUUUCUUCUCCUUUAAAUGCAAAUAUUGCAUGCAAAUACGGUGGUAAAUGUGCAAACCCCAGUUGUGUAUUUAAGCAUCCUAAACUCUGUCGUUUCGGUGAACGCUGCGCGAAUCGGAACUGCUACUUCAGACACCUCAAUAUGUUACCAACAUCAACGCUUAAAUCUUCUGGAGUGGAUAGGUAUAAGUGGAAAGCUACGAUUCCUGCUUAG